AUGGCUGACCAACUCUUUCAGCGCAAACCCUGGGACCACGAGCAGCUUCGCCCGGACCCCGACUCUGACUCCGAAGGCCUGUUUGACAAGCCUCCUCCAGAAGAGCCCCCCGCUGUCCGCCGGCCCAAGUCGGCGUGGGCCGCGGGCAGGAAGGCCGGUCGGCGCACUGGUGGGAGGGCGCAGGGGGCCCGCCCUGGGCAGCCCCCCAAGGCCGCGGCGUGCCCCCAGCCCCAGGAGGAGGCGCCUCCGCUGCACGAGGGCUGCUAUCUCGACCAUUUUCCGCACCUCUCCAUCUUUAUCUACGCGGCCAUCGCCUUCUCCAUCACCUCCUGCAUCUUUACCUAUAUCCAUUUACAGCUUGCCUGAUUUGCUGGGGAUGGGCUCAGGGCCGAGGGGGGAGGGAAGGGAAAAGAAGGGCUCGGCAUUUUGUGUCUGGAGACGCGCCGCACCCCCUUCAUCUAGCUUUUGAUGCUUCUUUUCUUCUCUGCUUGUCACUACCUUUGUCUAACUGUCCAUCAGUAGGAACGUCCAAAGCAGCUACCGCUAAUGAAAUAAGCACCUGGGGAUUAGG